UUGGCUGUUUAGCUUUUCUUUUUUCUUGGGCUUAUAGGUAUACCAGUGUGAUUGCCAGAUGUGCAGACCCAUCUUAUCCAUUCCAUUUUUAGAGGAAGUAAGUUUACUCUGUAGUCCUCAUGAAGGUCCCGCUCCUGAUUGUAAUGGACAACAGCAGGCAAAAGAAAAGCAGGAGCUCCAAAGUCACCAAAGCUAUACCAUAUGAGAACUGAACUGUGGUUUUGGUGCAGGAUGGCAAGGAUGGCAGUUGGAAUGGCAGUGCUCAUCCUUUAUGGAGUCUCUACAGGAAUUGCGAUGAACUGUGCUAAACCAAGCGUAAAUGGUUUCCUUCCAUUGGAUGAUGCUCCAAACUCUGUUGAUGACAUGUACAAUGGCUGCAAAGACAAAAUGAAGUCCAAGGUGCAAACUGAAUACUUGGCGAAUAAGAAAAACGGAGACAGCAGAUUCAAACAGGCCUGGCUUGAAGGGGAGAACUACGACAACAAGAAACGGAGCAAUAAAAAGGGAAGGCAAUCUACCAAAGCACUGGGGAAAGAACAGGCUGUGGCUAUUUAUGUGUAUACCCUCGACAACCCCAAGAUAUAUCCUGAUUUUAAUGAAGCAGUUCGAACCCAGAAACAUGAGUACAAGACCAGGUUCAGGUAUCACACCCUUAAUUUUUUCCUGACUGACGCCCUGCAAACUCUCAACACUCGCAAACGGGAAGAAGAAAGGAAUAUCACAGUCUACCGCAGAGUCAACAGCUACUUCCGCCAAGAUAUUCUAAACAAAGAGAUUCGCUUUGGCUCCUUCACCUCCAGCUCAAUGGAUAGGUACGCCAGUGACAUAACAUUUGGAGACAAGUCCUGUUUUGAGAUUAUCACAUGCUUGGGAGCAGAUAUCUCUUUGUUCUCUAAACUGGGCGAGUCAGAGGGAGAAGUGCUGAUCCCUCCUUAUGAGGUCUUUAAAGUCACAAACACUGAGAGGAGAUCUGACCAGAAGACUCUACCUUGUGAGGUGGUUUAUUAUCUAGAAAGCACAGGAAAAGCUAUUUCAAAUUUAAAUUGUGCUCUUCUGAAAUAAGCUGUCUCACACAUUCACAAAAGAGACGUUAAAAAAAGAUGCUAAAUUAUGCAAUUGGCUGCACCAUAAUAGGGAUUUAGCUUUAUUUUCAAAAAAGAAGGAUCUUCCUUGUGAAGUGGUCUACAAACUCAAGACACGCAAACCUCUUUCCAAUUCGAAUUGUGCUUUUUUAGGAUGCUAACAUGUAAAAUGCGAUUUUUAAGAUGCACCGUGUUAAGUAUUACACAUUUUGUCAUUCAAGCAGGAGAAAACAUUAUUAAUAUUUUGGUAACUGGACAAUAUGAAAUUGCCUGUGGUGUAGCCACUUUCAAAGAUUGCACCAGCUCUUACAAUGGUCUGCAUGUUUCGUGUUGUUCUGAGUUUAUAUCUUUAUUGUUUAUUGCGCUUUGGAUACGUUUCAUCUCAAUUAAAUGUAUGGUAACAUGUAGAUUCAAUAGUGAAUGGCUUUUAAGGGUUUUUCAGAACCUGAUGAAGCUUAUAUGAAACAUAUUUCCAUUUUUUCUAAGUGAAAAUAUUAAAUAAAUAUCAAAAGUUGGUUAUUGUUAAAUACAUGGUUUUGAGCCGCAUUGCCCAUGUUACAGUACAUGCAUUUAUAUUGGAUGCACGAGUAGUCCCAGAAUGUUAUUGCAUUGUGUCCAUAAAGAAAUGAUUAA